UUUGUGCUCUGCACUAACAACGAUAAUAGGCUCUCUUGGAAUAUUUGGUAACAGUUUAUCAUUGAUGGUGUUGAGAAGGGAAGAGUUAGUUGGUUCCGUUUAUACUUACUUCUCAGUUCUGGCAGCUACUGACCUAAUACUAUCCAUAAAUUUCUUCUUUAAUGGUCUGAGCAAAUGUGUUACGUUCUUCACUGUCUGGUAUUCAUAUGGAUUAAUUAUUGGCCUGCCCGUUUCUGCAGCAAUCAACGCACUAAAUGUCAUGGCAACUGUGGCUGUUACUGUUGAUAGAGUAAUAUACAUGUGGAAUCCAUUGAGGUGUUCCAGGCCAAAAUUUUGCAGUACAAAUAUUGCCAGAGGGCUGAUGAUGGCAUGCUUGAUUUUGUCUAUAGUUUUGAACUUGCCAUAUUGCUUCAUAUUUGAUUGGAAUGAGUUUGGAGAUUUAGCACCGUCUUCGUUUUACCUUUCAUGGUUAGUUCCUUCUUUCUUGUUAUCUUCAUCUGCUUAUUGCAUUGAUUUCCAAUCGGUUAUGACGGGUUUAUUGUUUAGCUUCUGCCUGAUGUUUUGUAAAACUUUUAUUCAGAAUCACACUACAUAAAUUGAAUAAUUAGAUAGU